AUGUCCCGGAGCUACCAGGAAGCCGUUGAGGCUCUCAAUACAUUUCACAAUGCAGCCGAGCUCGAGAAGCAACGCAAAUCGGGAGGACGUGACUUGACCCGCUCCCUCCCCGAGACGCGCGACUAUAUGCGCCGCCUCAACAUUACGAAUGAGGAUUUGGCACGCAUGCGCAUCAUUCAUGUGGCUGGCAGCAAGGGCAAGGGCAGCACAGCCGCCAUGUGUGACGCCCUGCUUCGUCAACAAGGCUUCUCCACCGGUCUCUUUACGUCCCCGCACCUGAUUGAGGUUCGAGAGCGCAUCCGCGUCAACGGCGCCCCGUUAUCACGCGCCGAGUUUGCCAGCACCUUUUGGGAACUCUAUGAUGCCCUCGAUGCAACGCCCCCUGCUGACGACAUCCUCAACUUUCCCACCUACUUUCGUGCCACCUUCCUGAUGGCACUGCUGGCAUUCAAGCGUCUCAAACUAGAUGCCAUCAUUCUUGAAGUCGGGAUUGGAGGUCUUUACGACGCCACCAAUGUUGUUCUCGAACCGUGGGUCUGUGGCAUCACUCGAUUGGGUCUUGAACACACCUCAAUCCUCGGCAACACACUGACCGAGAUUGCCCAUCAAAAGGCCGGCAUUAUGAAGGAAAAUGUCCCGUGUUUCUCCCAGCCGCAAGAGCCCACGGCUUGGCGUGCCCUUGAAGAGGCUGCCACUCAGCACCGUCCAAAGUUUCUCCUACAAACGGAUCCUCUGCCCCCUGUUGCCAUGCACGGCCAUAUCCCUCCUUUAAAUCUGGGCAUUGCCGGUGCCCACCAGUUUUUCAAUGCUGGUCUAGCCGUUCAGCUCGUCCGCUAUUGGACCCGCCGUUAUCGUGGCACAGCCCCGGACCGUUCAGGUCGAACCCAGGUCUUACGGCGUGGUCGAACUGUUUACUACAUCGAUGGUGCACACACCGUGGACAGCUGUCAGGCUGCUGCUUCGUGGGUCCGCUCCAAGCUGCCCCACCCCUCAUCGACGCAAGGUGGGCCCUGCCGAGUCAGCAUGAUUUUCAACUGUACCGGAGAUCGCCUGCCCGCGGAUCUGCUGCAACCGAUCAACCAUACAAUUUCAUUGGCCUCCCAGCGACGUCACCCCGAAAUCUGCCGCACGGCUUUUCUUGGUCUUGAGUAUCUCAAGCUCAGCCGCAAACUGCAAGCACGAGAUACCACUCAGGUUGAGCUGGAGAGCCAGGUUUUUGUCGUCGAUAGCAUCGAGUGUGCCAUCGCCCAGCUUGAGCACGCGGCUAUUCCCGCGAAGCAAGAUGAAGGCCUUGAUAGUCGUGAUGAGCUUUUGGAUGGCCCGGAGCAGCACGUCAUUGUGACUGGCAGUCUUCACUUGGUGGGCGGUUUCUUGGCUCAAAUUGGAAUGGAGGUCCAGUAA